CUUACAAGGUCACGUCAUUGACGAUUGUGACACCUAUAAAUUAAUCAGGUUUUUCGUUUGUGAGUGGUCGCCCCUAUAAUUCCUUGUGUGUGUACUCGUCAGUAAGCUGCAUGAAUGGAAAAGUUUUCAGCUCUAUAUGACGGUGUGUGCCAGGAUGUUUCACAGCAUAUUAGUGAAACACUAAGACCAUUCGAUAAAAUAGACACAAUUGCUACUCACGGUGGUUAUGAUUCAAUACACUUACAGGAAGUAGGCCGUCCUGUAGUUCCACCGUUAACUUUAUCAACUACUUUCCAACAACUUUCUCCCGGUGUUGCUAAGUACGACUAUUCCAGAUCUGGAAAUUUCUCUCGGGAAUGUCUCGAAAAAUGCAUAGCAUCAUUAGAGGAUGGUGAUAAUUGUUCCGUAUUUAGUUCAGGUCUCGCAGCGCUAUCAACUGUUGUUCAAGUUUUAUCGCAUGGAGAUCAUAUUGUUGCAUUCGAUGAUCUUUACGGAGGUAAUGGACGAUACUUGCGGAAGUUGGCGACAAAGUCAGACAUAAAAACUACUUUUGUUGAUAUGCGCGACUUGAACUUAUUCCGUCAAGCUUUACAGGGGAAUACGCGUCUAGUUCUUAUUGAAACACCAUCAAACCCAUUGAUGCGUCUGGUCGAUAUAAGUGCUAUAUCAUCAAUUAGUCAUGAUUUUAACAAAGAAAUAAUCGUUGUUGUUGAUAAUACCUUUAUGAGCUCUUAUUUUCAACGUCCACUUGAUCAUGGAGCAGAUGUUGUCCUACAUUCCCUCACAAAAUAUAUGAACGGACAUUCUGAUGUAGUUAUGGGUGCAUUAGUAACACGCAAUCGUUCUGAAUUACACAAUCAAUUCAGAUUUAUACAAAUGGCUGUAGGAGCUGUUCCAUCACCAUUCGAUUGUAUGUUGUGUCUCAGAGGAUUACGGACACUUCCAUUACGAAUGAAAGCUCAUAUGCGAAAUGGACUUAUAGUGGCUAUGAUGCUUGAGAAACAUCCAAUGGUGGAAAAAGUUCUACACCCAGGUUUGAAAUCAUUCCCUCAACAAGAUAUUGUUGCUAAACAAAUGCAUGGUUUUAGUGGUAUGAUAACUGUGUAUCUACGAUGUACAGGUGAACAGACUAAAGUGUUCCUUGAACAUUUAAAGAUUUUUACACUGGCUGAAAGCUUGGGUGGCUAUGAAAGUUUGAUUGAAAUUCCAUCCAUUAUGACGCAUGCUUCAGUCCCCGAGGAAAUUCGUAUGGCUAAUAAAAUCACUGAGAACAUGGUUCGUCUGUCCAUAGGCCUCGAAGAUCCAAAGGAUUUAACACUAGAUCUAUACGGCGCGUUAGAUAAAUUGAACGAAGAAUGAGAAGACGUUAACUUUACUAUCUCUAACUAUACGUAGUUAGUGUAACAACAAUGUUCACUAAUCUUGUUUUUUUAUAUUUUUACUAGUAUAUGUACAUGCUAGCUGUAAACAUUGUAAUACACAAAAUUUCUACAGGUAUUCAUUUACAAAUAAAUUUACUUAAAAAUAG